AUGUGUGUGACAGGCGAAGAUACUCACCACGUGCUGCUCCAGACACAACUGCUGUCAGUGUUUGUGUACGCGGAUGCCGUUAAAACGCUACACAACUCUAACUUCGUUCUUGGCAACGCGCAGGUUAGUGGAUAUCCAAUAGUAUACUGUUCCGAUGGCUUCGUGGAACUUUCUGGAUUUUCCCGGGCGCAAAUUAUGCAGAAAGGUUGUGCUUGUAGGUUUUUGUAUGGCCCGGAGACGAAGGAAGAACAUAAAAGCCAAAUUGAAAGCAGUCUCGAUGGAAAGAAUGAGCUGAAGUUGGAAGUGAUAUUCUAUAAAAAGAAUGGUACGCCGUUUUGGUGUCUUCUGGAUAUCGUACCCAUUAAGAAUGAGAAACGAGAGGUUGUGCUGUUUCUUGCCUCUCACAAGGAUGUCACUACGGCGAAGAUGUCAGAGAUGUCGCUGUCGGACGAGUGUGAUAGCGCUGCUCUAUUGGGAGCUCGAUUUCGAUCUGCUGAAACCUCUUUGCUUGCAGACGAUGGAGCAGAGGAUGAGAAUUUGGAAAUUCCACCGGGAGUAAACAUGGGUCGCAGACGUUCGCGCGCGGUUCUGUACCAGCUCUCGGGUCAUUACAAGCCGGAGAAAAUGAAGACUAAAAUCAAACUUAAUAGUAAUAUUCUACAUUCUAGCGAAGCUCCGCUACCUGAGUAUAAAACGCAAGCCUUGAAAAAAUCACGCUUUAUACUAUCGCACUAUGGGAUGUUUAAAGGAUGUUGGGACUGGAUGAUUUUAGUGGCCACUUUUUACGUAGCCGUCGCCGUACCUUACAAUGCAGCUUUCGUUAAAACUGAUCGUCUCACUAUGGCAUCCGAUGUAAUUGUUGAAGCUUUAUUUAUUGUUGAUAUUUUAGUAAAUUUCCGCACAACGUACGUAUCACGUAAGGGUGAAGUUGUAUCAGAUUCUAAAAGUAUAGCAGUUAACUAUCUGAGAGGUUGGUUCGUGGUAGAUCUGCUGGCUGCCCUCCCGUUUGAUCAUCUUUACGCGAGUAAUGUAAUUAGCGGAGAGGAAUCUCACAUUCAUUUAGUAAAAUUAACACGAUUGCUAAGGCUGGCACGAUUGCUUCAAAAGAUGGACAGAUAUUCGCAAUACACGGCUAUGAUUUUAACGCUGCUGAUGCUAUGCUUCUCUUUAGUUGCACACUGGCUAGCUUGCAUUUGGUAUGUGAUAGCAGAGAAAGAAAGACUAGUAAAUGACGUUGACUGGGACAUUGGUUGGAUUCACACAUUGGCGGAGCGAUUAAAAAUUCCUGUGACGAAUGUAACGCAAGGCGAAGCUUACAUAACAGCCUUGUACUUUACAUUCACGAGCCUCACAUCAGUCGGUUUUGGCAACGUAUCACCCACAACUAUUAGCGAGAAAAUUUUCAGCAUCGUUAUGAUGCUGAUUGGUGCGCUAAUGCAUGCGGUGGUAUUUGGAAACGUGACAGCUAUUAUUCAAAGGAUGUAUUCACGACGGUCCCUUUACCAGAGUAAAUGGCGUGAUUUGAAGGAUUUCAUCGCAUUGCACCAGAUGCCGAAAGAGUUGAAACAACGUAUGCAAGACUAUUUUCAGACAAUGUGGUCACUGAAUCAUGGAAUCGAUAUAUACGAGAUUCUGAAAGAAUUCCCAGAGGAACUGAGAGGUGACAUCUCGAUGCAUCUACACAGGGAAAUUUUGCAAUUGCCAAUAUUCGAAUCAGCAUCACAGGGCUGCUUGAAACUCCUGUCUCUACAUAUCAAAGCGAACUUUUGUGCACCGGGCGAAUAUUUGAUACACAAAGGUGAUGCAUUGAGUUACAUUUACUACAUUUGCAAUGGAUCUAUGGAGGUGAUGCAGAACAAUAUGGUGGUCGCUAUACUGGGAAAAGGCGACUUAGUCGGUUGUGAUAUAAGUAUCCAUUUACUGCAUAGCAGUCAGGGAAACUCCGGUAACCCGGGCUCACAAGAUGCUAUUGUAAAGAGUAGUGGAGAUGUUAAGGCACUUACCUAUUGUGAUUUGAAAAGUAUUCAUAUGAAUGGCCUGGUCGACGUGCUGCGGCUCUAUCCGGAGUACCAACAAGAGUUUGCGAAUGACAUUCAGCAUGAUCUUACUUAUAAUCUACGCGAAGGCUAUGAAGCGGAAGAGGAAAUGGAUAAUAAUGCUCCAUGCCUUGCGUUACCGUCCAUCAGUGAAGACGACGAAAAUCAAUCGGAUGUAGAAUCUAAUACAACGUCUCCGUUGAAUACAUCGCUGAGUAAAUCACCCGCACACAACACAACCGCUAGUCCGCGGCAUGCAAAAUUAAUACACAGUCGCAACAAAUCAUUAGUGGCUUUGAGGGAGCGUGUCGAGCGUCAGAGGUCUGUACAGGCCACCGUCAAUCCAGUAACCGAGAGCAAUAACUCUAUUGAGGGACUGAACCUGGAGCUACAGAGUAAGGAGAAAACUCAUCCUGCCAGAGUAUCGGUGGAGCGGUUAGACACUCAAGUAACCUCAUUACAUAACGAUGUUGCAGCACUUAGCAUGGAGGUUCGCAAUGCAAUUCAAGCCCUCCAGGAAAUGACAUAUUCUACUAUAAAUUCCCAGUUCGAUUUAGGACAUUUUCCACCUGCGCGCUCAAUACCUAACCUGCAGAAUGGUGCUAUAGGCAUUUUGCGAGAUACCAACGUUACUUUAGCACGCAGUAGCUCGCAUCCACCAGAGAUGUGGUGCAGAGAGAUGAACGCCUUUGGUGAACCUAUACCUAGUCCUAAUGGAACGGAAACUUUCUCCGAACACAUGUAUCGACGAAAAUCGAUAAUGUCCCAAAAAUAUUCAGAGGAGAUGUCUUGUUCAACGCAGACUGAAAAUGUGAUUGAUUUUGAAACGCUAGAAAAAGUAGUUUUAACGCACCCCCAUUUAGUGCUUAAGAUUUUAGGCAUUAACGCCGUGUUUAACAAUGAUGCUGAGAUGAAGCUUUAUCCUUUAAACACAAUAUCCGAGAUGGCUAGUUCGGGGGAGACAAUCGCACCAAAAGUGCAAAGCACAACAAAUCAUAACAAUAAGGCAAACACCAAUGUAUCUAAACAAUUGGGCGAAAGCGACUCACCAAUCAUUUUUGACAACUCUAUUGACUUAAGUACGGAUUCCGAUGGAAUGAUUAACAAUAACAACAAUAACAUAUCUUCUCUAACACCACUAAAAGCAGAAACUAUACCACUGUUGAUGGCAGACUCAGAGGUCGAAAGCACUUGUUGUUCUAUUCUGAUAGAUGAAAAUAUUAACGUGUUGAAGCAAUCAGUUGGAAACCAUGUAUUGCGGCGUCAAGACCGGGUGCCAACCAAAAACCGUUUUUCAGCUGGAGACGCCGACACGAUCGAGAAAGGGUUGAAAAAUUUACCAUCCUCACGUUCGCUGGGCGGUAGCUGAGAAACAGCUAAACCCCAUUCGGUUACAGAAGAAUUUUAUGA